AUGGAAGUCAAGGGCAAGGUGGCAAGACAGUGGGAGGAUAUAGCUGCCAAGAAGUCUGGCACAUCCCUCAACUUAGUGCCAGGUGUUUCUCAGCACCUGCGUGACGAGCAGGAAGCUGUGCAGAAGAGAACUUUUACAAAAUGGAUAAACGCUCAUCUGGCUAAGUGUAAUCCUCCCUUGGUGGUCUCAGAUCUUUUUGAAGACAUUAAAGAUGGGGUGAUGUUGUUAGCUCUUCUUGAAGUCCUGUCUGGACACAAACUGCCAUGUGAGCGAGGCCGCAAGCUGAGGAGGAUCCAUUGGGUUGCUAACGUGGGAAGAGCACUCAAGUUUCUGGAGGGCAGGAGGAUCAAACUAGUUAACAUCAACACAACAGAUGUGGUAGAUGGCAGACCAUCUAUUGUGCUGGGGUUGAUAUGGACCAUCAUCUUAUAUUUCCAGAUAGAGGAGUUAACUAGUCAUCUACCAGCCCUGCAGCCUCAGUCUAGCAGCAACUCUUCAGUGGACAGCUCCAACAGCACCGAGACCAGCAGCCCACCUGUCAAGCGCAAGCCCCGCCUUUCUUUCCAGAGUGGGGCUAAGAGAGCCCUGCUCAAGUGGGUGCAGACCACAGCAACAAAGAGAUUGGGUCUGGAUGUGAAGGACUUCGGCCCGAGCUGGCGAACAGGGGUGGCUUUUCAUGCUGUCAUCUUUGCUUUGCGACCCCACCUGGUUAAUAUGGAGCGUGUUUGGAGGAGACCCAACCUGGAUAAUCUAGAGGAGGCUUUCUCCUUGGCAGAGAGAGAAAUGGGUAUUCCAAGGCUUCUUGACCCUGAAGAUGUGGAUGUGGAUAAGCCAGAUGAGAAGUCCAUCAUGACAUAUGUGGCACAGUUCCUGAAACAUCAGCCAGACUCCCAUGAGACAGAAACUGGUCGGCAACAAGAGGAGCGAGAGCAGCGUAAGACACUGAGGGAGCUGAAAGCGUGGGCUGAUCAGUUAGAGAGAGACUGUACUCAAGCUCAGAGGGAUGGGGGAAGUCUUGGUGUGCAGUACCAGAUCUUCAAGCGUUAUCGUGUACAGUAUGAGGUGCAGAGAAGACAGGUGGACACAUGCGUUCAAUCUACUCAGAAGGACGGCAAGUUGACUGCAGAUCAGGCUGUAGUCAAACAGGCCUGGGAGAGACUGUCUGCAAGUCUUUUGGAUUGGCAUCUAAAGCUGGAUAGUGGCUUACCAGAUCCUCUUGGUAAGGUUGGUGUGUGGCUACAUCAGGCAGAGAAGAUCCUACGAGAGGAGCUGGUCCCUCAGCAAGCACAUGAUGAGACCGCCAAAGCCAUUCACGAAAAAUGUCUACAUGACCAGGAGAUCUUAAGGCUUCUUGAAGGGCACAAGCAGACUGUGCAGUUAUUACACAGAGAAAGAUGUGUCAAUAAUGUCCCAAUUCCCAUGGAACAACUGCAAGAUAUGGCAGAGAGGUUGAACUACAUAUCUGCCUUCUCACACGUUCACCUGAGUAAAGUUGAAUUCUGGGAGAAGAAAUAUCGAAUGCUGGCAUUUUUGACACUUGCCGAGUCCAAGCUCAAAUCUUGGAUCAUUAAAUAUGGCCGACAGGAGUCAAUGGAGCUUCUGCUACAAAGCUAUGGUUCAUUUGUGGAGGGACAGCAGUUCUUUGAGAAAUAUGAAUCCAGCCACCAAGCUCUCAUACAAGCUGCUGAGCUUUACAUCAAUGCAGAUAGUUCAGUUGAGGAAGGGGUAAAGCUCUUCCUGCGAGAGGUGUCUGAUCAAUGGAGGAGUCUGUCAGUGGAGGUGCGGAGCGUAAGGUCCAUGCUGGAGGAAGUGCAGUGUAACUGGCUGAGAUACAACAGCAGCGUGCCCCCAUUGCAGGCCUGGCUAGAGGAUGCCCGGGGAGCUCUCAGACAACCUGAGAACACCAAACGAGAGUUUUUUCAUAAUCUUCAACACUGGAUGGACCAGCAUGCUGCUAUGAAUGAUGCAGGAAACUUUCUCAUCGAGACCUGUGAUGAAACAGUGACACGAGAUAUAAAACAUCAGCUUUUGCUUCUCAAUGGACGAUGGAGGGAACUGUUUCUAAAGGUCAAACAGUAUGCCCGUCUUCCUGAUACUCAUAAUGUGAGGGAGCACCAGGACUUCAGCUCAGCCUUACAAGAGUUUCUGGACACCUCUAUGAGUAAACUCACCUCACCACUGCAAGUGUCAUUGCUGGAUGUCAAAACCUUUAUGCAGGAUGUUGAGGACAUCAAGCACAGGCUGCCUUCUGUGGAAGCACAAUAUAAGGUGGCUGUUCACUCUGUCCGGCUUCUGGCCAAAGACUCUGUUCAUGGUGGUGGAACUAAAGCACUCUCUACCAUAACAACAAUCGAAACACAGCUCCAUCAGCUGAAAGAGAAGUGUCCUUUAAUCCUGAGGGAGUGCCAGGCUCUGUUUCCUUUGUUAGAGGAGCUAGAGAAGCAAAUCUUAGCUUUCUAUCAGACAGCAGAGCAUGCUGGACACAUCAUCACACAGCAACACAACCAGGAAAUGUGCCAGGAGCUACAGACCCAGCAGCAGAAUUGUAAGCGUUGUGUGUGCGCUUUGGAGCGCAGUUACUUGUCCCUUCAGAAGACGUUGUGCUGUUCGAAAUCACUACACAAUUUUGAUGCAUCUCUUCUGCAGAACAGAGUAACAGAGAUUCAGACCACAGCACAGGCACUGAUGCAGGAGGCUUUAGAAUGGAGGCAGGUGGCAGAGACUAACUGCAACCUAAUGCGGCGGUUCGAGGAGUCUCGCGCUGAUCUCGAGAAGGCUCUGCGGGUGGGCCAAGCCUGUCUAAUGGAAAGGGGAGACCCUGAUGAGCUGCUCCUCAAACAUAACGAGUUCUUUGGGCGACUGGAUCAGCACAUUUUGAGUGCUUAUUUAAAGGCAUGUGAUGAUCUCACUGACAUCAUCUCUGAGGAAGAACAGCAGGGUCUGCGAGAGACAGUCAGAAGACUGCACAAACAGUGGAAGGACAUCCAAGCUGAGGCCCCCUCCCACCUGCUCAGACUCCGGGUGGAAAUAGAGAGGCGUUUAGUGAUGACUACAUUACAGGACUGCAGGGUAGAACUGAAAAGAGAGGACAAGGCCUUGCUCACAGCCGGCACUGAAAGAGUGAUCAAAGAACACAGGGCCUUUUUCAGACAGAGAAAUCCCCUCACUGCAUGUGAGAAGAGACUAAAGACAAUGGAGCAGCUCUGUCAAGAUCUUCCAGAAAAUGACCCAGGCCAUCAAACUCUAGAGGAGACCAGAGAUCAUCAUUCAGAAGUCAGGAGUUUAGUGGCAAGAACACAUGUGAGACUACAACAGCACCCUGACAAAUGGAGAGAGUGGUAUGACAGAUUCAGAGAGCUGUCUGGAUGGCUUCUCUCCCAGCAGGCAAGGCAGAGUGGUGCUGAAAUCUCUACUGUCCAGAUGCAGCAUCAGGUGGUAAAGGCUCAGGGUGAGACUCUGGGCUGGCUCAGAGCUCGUCUCUCUGUUCUGGAGGAGAUAAGUCUUGAUAGUGAAGUUCACACACAGAGAGCUGCUCUUGAUAAACUCUCACAACAGUUUUCUGAACUGCUGCUCUCUCUAUCUGAGCCUCAGGUUCCCUCUGUUGCACUGAACCAGAAGAGGAGUGGAGAGGAAGUGCAAGAGAAGGCUUAUGAGGAGGAGGUGAUCCAGACAGAGAAGCACAGAAGAAUACUGAAUGCGAAGACUGUAAUAGAGGCCAAACAACUGCUCCUUAUUUACCAGCAAAAUCUAAAGACCCAACAAGCAAAAGAGACUGAUGAGAGAUCUGAGAGUCAGUUCUGGAAAGAAGACUGGGCAGUUCAGGAGAAACACCUGCAGGAGUUUGAACUGGAGAGAGAGGCCAUCUGGCAGUUUGUGUGUCAUGUCAGUCCUGUCCUGCAGAGGGUGUACAUCUUUAAUAGCCUGGAGUGCCUUACUGCAGAACUGAAGAAUGUUAAAGGGCUUUAUGAGCAGAGUAAUGCAUUUGCUGUACGGACUGAGUCCUUGGUAAAGAAGACAGCGGAAAUUAAACUUGGCACUGAGAAUCAGUCCAUUCUGCAGGAUCAGGCCCAGUCCAUAAGAGAGAGAGUACAGGAGAUACAGGGCAGCCUCAUGAAAAUUGUGUCAGAUCUGGAGAUGAUGCACAGAUGGUGGCAAAGUUUCAGCCGUGAGUCUGAGGCUUUUUUUAGCUGGGUCUGUGAAAGUAAGAGGGAGCUUGAAUCCAUCAGCAGAUCCUCUGCCAACCUGGAUGAGCAGAUCCACACUGUGGAGUUGUUGAAAGAGGGCUUAGUGGAGAAGAUGGAGGUCUUUAGACGACUGGAGACAGAGUUUCAGACUUUAAUCCGUUUCAUCACGCCGAUUGAGGCAGGGCGAAUUAAAGCACGUCUGAUGCAGAUUUUGAGGUACCGGGAUGAGUUUAAUAACAGCAUGGAGCAACGAGAGGCUGAGCUUCACUCUAGCUUGAGAAAUACAAAACAAUUUACCCAAGAUCUCAAUCAGGUGGUAGGUUUGCUGAAAGGACUAGAGGAAAAACUGAACAUGCCAAUUAAUUCCUGCACAUCAGCAUCAAGAACAUAUAAAACUCUACAUGAACAUAUGGAUGUAGUUCAGCAUUUACAGCAGCUGGGGCCAAGACUAAUGUCUUUAAGUCUGGGCUUGAGGAGGCUGUCUGGUGGAGGCCAGCUGGAGAAAGAUGUAGCUGAGCUUCAGCAAGCUCACACAUUACAUACCCAACAAGCCACUGACAAACAAUCAAAACUGGAAAACCUGUUGACUCUUUGGCAGAGAUAUGAGAGAGAUCUCUCACUUCUGCAGUCCUGGUUGAACAGGUGUGAAACUCUAUGCAGUUUAGAUUCUCCAUACCUAACCACAGACAUAGCAAAGCUACACAGCCAGCUUCAGACACUGCAGGAUAUGCAGUCAGAAGUUCCCUCUCAGGAAUCUUUGUUGGAAAGUAUGGAGACCAGGGCAGAGUCUCUGUACUCUACAGCUUCAGAGGAAAGAGCUGCAGAGCUUAGAGAUCAUCACUGCAACCUGGAGGAGAGGUGGUGUUCUCUAAGUACCAUCAUACCACACAGGAUUCAAGAACUUCAGUCCCAUCUUGCUCAGUUGGAGCAGUUCAGUCAGGCCUUGCUUGCUCUGACUCAAUGGAGUGAGAACUUCCUCAGGCACAUUCAAAGCACCAGCAAAGUCAGCAUCACUGAUCUAAAGUCUGCUGAUGCUAAAAUCAAGGAGGACAUGGCCUCCUUCCAGACCCAGGAGAGGUUACUGGAGGCCUUACAGCCACAUAUAGAUGCCCUUUGCCCAUUUUCAGCUCCAAAAGACCUUCAGCAUCUCCAGACAAGGAAGGAGGACUGCCUUCAUAUCUUCAGUGAAGCUCAGAGCUUAGUACAGCAUCGAGAAGUAGCCCUACUCAAACUCAGAGUCUUCUAUGAGACCUAUAAUAAUGGCAAAACCUCUCUACAGACAUUCCAGGAAGUGGCUGAAGGAAAAGGGAUCUGGGAUCACUCUAAAGUCGUGGACAUAAAUCAGGAACUGGGAGACCUAGCCAAGGAGGUGGCGUCUUUGGAGGUGCAGGCAAUUAGCUUAGAUAUCAUCCUCAACAAGUCACACUUGCAUCUACAGGGGGUGGAAGGGGAAAGAACAUCAUGCAGAGGACUGGUGGAUGAUGUCGCAUUGAGCGUGCAGGUGCUACAGAGAAGUAUUGGAACAAAGCAGAGUGAGGCAGAGGCAUUAGCAACCAUGUGGAGUUCCUUUAGGGGACGAAAGGAGCUGCUGCUUAGGAGUCUGGCAGAGCUGGAGGACAGAGCCAAUAUACCAUGGCCUACAGAAACCAGCACACAGGAUUUUCAGCAGAGGUUAUGGAUGCUCAAUCAGCUGGAGGAAGAGCUACAGGCCCUACAGCACAGUCAGCUAUGGUUGGGAGAAAGAGGAGAACAACUGGCCCAUAGAGACUCAGAGCUGGCACGGGAAGCUCAACAGGAUGUAGCCUUGGUCCAAUCCACCUGGGAGAGAAUUAAGGGGAUUAUUGUGAAGAACCAUGACCUGUGUGCAGUACUGCUGGAGCUCUGUAAGGAAUACCAGACCCUAAGAACCAAAAUCAGCUCUGUCAUAGAGAGAGCUCAUGCAAUCAUUGAGGCUCAGUCGGACCCACACAACCCAGAGGACAUCCGUAGAGCUCUGUCACGGCUGGAAGUGGUGAGGCCAGACUUGGCAUCCACUCAGGAGGACCUGAAUAAGCUCAUUGGUACAGGCAAACGCUUUACCAGUGUGUUGAGGAAGCUGCCAGAGGAAAGCUCCCAAAGUGAAAAUGUCACCACAGAAAUGGAUGCCAUUGUUGAUCAGUGGCUGGAUAUCUCUGAGAGGAUGGAUGCAGACAUCAGUCUAUUGACUCGUUCCCUUGAGCUGUGGAAUGAGAUUAAUAAAAUGGCUAAUGACAUAGUGUGUUGGAGUGCCAUCUUUGUUAGUGAGCUCAGUGAGGGAACCGCCAGUCUCCUAUCCACUUAUAACAUGGAGGAGUGCCUCGCUAAGUUUAAGCUGGAGUUGGACGGUAAGAAUGAGGAACUAAAGAUCUUGCAGGAGAAGAUGACUGAGCUACAGGAAAUGAUUAAAACCCAGCACACGCACAAUGAAUUGCAGGUGAUGGCUGCAGAUCUGCGAAAGCAGAUUUCCCACACUGCAGAGGUGUAUGAACAGACCAGAGCCAUGUAUAAAGACUUCAACUCCCAGAGGCAGCAGCUCGAAGACCUAAUUUCCCAGAUUUCAGAGCAGCUGAAGACCUCAGAGGACUCGCUGUCAGAGUUUUCAACAUCAUCUGACCCAGAGAAUUUUGUUAAGAUUAAAGAGAUUGAGAGGUCGCAGAAAGAGUUGGAGGUCAGUCUGGACAUUGCAGGUGAGUCUCUCAGGGCAUUGUGUAGAACGUACCCAUCUCAGCACCUGACCCUGUUGGGUGAUGCCAUCUCUCACCUGGUCAAGAGGAAUGAGGAUGUGACGCAACGCCGCAGCCAGAUCCUGGGGUCACUUCAGGACACUCUACUGCAGGACUUUAAUGAGAAAGCACAAGCCUUUCACGGCUGGCUCUCUGAGCUGAAGGCAGGAAUUAAGGACUGCUUUGAGCAAACAGUAGAUGCUCUUGCCAUUUCAUCCAAGCAACAGCAGCUCAAGAUUGCACUAGAGGAAGUGGUGGAGGUUGAGGAGUGCUUGGCCAGUGUGUGUGAGGACGGAGAGAUACUCUUGUUGCAUUUGAAUAAAGGUGGCAAAGGCAUACAGGAGAAAAUGGACUCUUGUCAACAUGCCUUGGAUAUAUUUGUUGGGGAAUGUAGACAGCGGCAACUGUCUCUGGAAGAAAGUGCCAACCUGUUAAAUGGGUAUGAAACGUGUGUGGUAGAGCUGAGAGACUGGCUGCAGCAGCUGGAGGCGAGACUGAAGACAGAUGCUCCUCUGUGGAGUGAGAGUGAGUCAGAAGCCCCUCACUGUUCUGAAGAGCUGAAAAGAGUAGAGGAAAUCCACAGAGAGCUGCUGAUGAGGAGAGCAUCUCUUGAACGUCUGUGUCAGUCCUCUCUCACCCUGAAAAAAGGAAGAUCUGGAUCGGAUCAGAACAGCGUGGCAUCAGAGUUGCUCUCAAACUAUGAGGCUGUGCUGCAGAGUGCCAGAGGUCAACUCCAUAGCCUGCAGGAGUACCAGAUGUUCAAAGAGGCGCUAAAGGCAGUGGAAGCCUGGCUAAAAGAUGUUGAGGGAAAGUUGGAGAAACUGGAGAACACAGAGGGGAAUAAAAAGGAGGUGGAAAAGAAACUGGAGCAAGCACAGGACAUCCUGCUUAUGAAGGGAGAGGGCGAGGUGAAGCUCAACAUGGCGGCUGGGAAGGCAGAGCUGGUCAUCAAGAGCAACGGAGAGGUGGGACGGGGAGUGAUCUGCUCUAAGCUUCAGGAAGCUGAAGAUGCAUGGGCGGCACUGCUUUUGAGAGCCAUGAGUUGCCACAGUCGAUUGGAGUGGACCGUUAAUCAGUGGGAUUUGUUUGUGGAGUCUCGAGCACAGCUGCAGAGAUGGCUGGAGGGUGUCGGGCUGGAGGUUAAAGGUCCUCUUGAGCCCCAACUUGGACUCAGGGAGAAACGAAAGCAACUGGAGAGAUUGCGCUUGCUGUCAUCAGAUGUGGAGGACCACCAAGGAGCACUGUGCUAUCUGGAGGAGAGUGCAGCCGAACUUUAUAAACGCACUGGAGACCCCGUCUUUAAGGAGGAAGAAAUGGUUCUCCUUAGGGCACAAUUUGAGGAUGUCAAAGCUGCAGCAGAGGAGAGAGUCAGACUCUCAGAGGAUGUUGUCCUUGAGCAUAAGAAGUACAUGGAAACAAUAAGGGAGCUCACUGAUUGGCUCAUGGUGGUGGGGGAGGAGCUUCAGCAAUGCUCUGACCCAUCUGGUGACACUCCCACCUUAAGUCGGAAGUUGACUGAAAUUUGGGAGCUAUUGGAGCGCGGCGCGUGCGAGGGGCGCGAGCGGCUGCGGCGCGUGCGGCUGAGCGCGGAGAGAGCCGGAAGGCACACGGCGGCGGCGGGCUGCGAGCUGAUGGAUGGAGAGGUGGCGGCUCUGGCUCGAGCCCUGCACCAGUGGGAGGGAGCAUCGCUACGAGCUCGCGACGCACUGGAGACGGCUGUGGCCGCGGCGACAGGGGCCGAGCGUGAGCGCAAGCGGCUGACAGCGCAGCUAGAGGGAGAAAUGGAGAAGCUGGAGGUACAACUGAAGGAGUGGAGCGAAGGACUGAGCAGCGCGGAGCGGAGGAAUAGCGGAGCUGCGGCGGUUGAGGGAUGGACGGUCGCCAAGGGUGUUCUGGAGGGGCUUCAGACAGCCGAAGUUAUGGAAGAGAAGCUGAAGGCGCAGCUCAAUGAGCUGUGUGGCUUUUCCAGUGAUCUGGGUUCUCAGUCGGACAGAGUCAGCGCUCUUAUCAAGCUACACAACAGUCUGAGCCUGCGUGCCUCCCGGGAGUGUCAGAAUAAGGAGAAACUGCUAGAACAGCGCUUCCGUUCUGCUCUGCAUGACUUCCGUCAGUGGAUGGUCAACACCAACAUCUCCACAGCCAAAUGCUUUGACUCUCCUCACAGCAUCCAGGAUGCCUCCGCCGCUCUACAGAGGAUCCAGGAGUUCAUGAGUGACAAGGAGCAGGGCCAGGCCAGAUUAAACACCGUCCUAUCAUAUGGAGAGCAGCUUAGUAGUGUGUUGUCUGCCGACAGAGUGGAGGCGAUCAGCGCCAAAUCAAACACAGCCAAAGAUGACUGGAGGAGCCUGAUGGACAACUUACAGAGAAGAGAGAUGGCCUUACAGGUCUUGCAGUGUCAGAUGCAGGACUUUGAGGCAAGUAUGGAACCCCUACAAGACUGGCUGAACAGAACUGAGAUCAAUGUACAGGAGAGCAGCGCUCGCCUACACGACCUGCCUGCCAAGAGACUAGAGCUCUCCAAACUUCAGAUGUUCCUGGAGGAAAUGCGCUCUAGAGAGUCUGAACUGGCAGGGCUGAGAGGAAGAGCACAUGGGCUCUGGGAUGGUCAGGGUGCUGGGAAGAGCUUUGUGCAUCGAGUCUGUCAGCUGGCUGCAUGCUACUUGGCCCUGAGCAACCUGAUUAAGGAGAAGGUGUCCAGGGUAGAACGAGUGGUGGGGGAGCAUCAGCUUUUCACGCAGGGCUUGCAAGAACUUCAGAACUGGGUUUCAGAGUCCCAACAGGUACUCAAGACCUGCAGAUCCCCAACAUCUGACAAGAGUGUGCUUAUCACCAGAAUGAGCCAGCUUGAGGCUCUUCUGACAGCUUGUCAGGGCAGAGAAAUUCAGCUGAAGAUGCUCCUUACUCGAGGGGAGUCUGUCCAGAGGAACACCUCAGCUGAAGGUGUACCAGUGGUACGCAAGCAGAUCCAAGACCUCAAAGAUUCCUGGGAUUCACUCUUGUCAGCAUCCAUACAGUGCAAAAGCCAGCUUGAAGGUGCUUUGUCACACUGGACCAGUUACCAGGAGGAUGUUAGUCAGUUUGAGUGCUGGAUGGAGCGAGUGGAAGAGAGUCUUGGAAACUCAGACAAACACUAUGCUGAAAUGAGGGACAAGACAGCCAACCUGGGACGCGCCAAGCUACUCUAUGAGGAAGUUCUUAGCCACUCCAGCCCCUUGGAAACCAUUGCUACCAAGGGUUCCAACAUUGAUGAACAUACAGCCACCCAACAGGAGAUCCAGAAACUCAAUGAGAGAUAUACAGCAAUCAAAGAUAAAGCCAAGGCUGCUGUCAGUAAAGCAGAAGAAUUGGUUCUGCUCCACCAAGAGUACCAGCGAGGACUGCACAUGUUUGAAGACUGGCUGGAGCAUGAGCAGAGCAGUUUGGCCCUUCUCUCACCCCUGGAUGAAGAUGUAAAUGCUCUGGAGAAUACUUUAAAAGAAUUGCAGAUGCUCCAGUCUCAUUGCCCAAAGGGACAUAACUUGCUCAGCUCAGUUCUUGCCAGUCGAGACAAAGUCAUUCCAUGGGGUGCCCCUCAAAUUGAGGCUCGGGCCCUGGAAACUGCACAGACAGAAUGGCAGGGGUACCAUUCCCGGCUUGAGGAGACCAAAGUCCAGGUAGAGCAGGCCCUCUCAAGAGUUCAGCAGCUAGAGGGUCUGUUCCAAACAUUGGACCAGUGGCUGGUUGACAUGGAGCUCAAAGUUAAGGUGAGAAGCCAUCAGCGCACUGAUGUCACUACAAAGGAGGCCCAGCUACUGCACCUGAAGCAUUGGCAAAUGGAGGCUGCUCAGCGUCAGGGUGAUGUGGAAGUCCUCAGUGCUUUUGCUCAGCAGGUUGUAGAGGAUGCUCAUGUCAGUGGUCGGGUCAGUACCAGGGUUACUGAGCUCACUGCCCGCUACCAUGCCUUGCUUCUACAGAUACAGGAGACCCUCAAACAGUUCCAGGAGGAGAUGCAGAGCAUCACAGUGGCUCAGAAUGCUCUCAGGACCUUCUCUGAUUGGCUGAGAGAAGCAAGGAUGAGUUUCAAAAUCAUUACUGAAAGGACCGAGGCUCUUGACCGCAUUACCAUGGAAAAGAAGAUGAAGAGGGUGGAGUCUCUACAGGGGGAGAUGGAUCAUGGUCACAGCCUAUUUAAAACAUUUCGAGAGCGUGCUGAGCAGGCCGUUUCUUUCCUGGAUGACCCUGGAGCAUCCAGGCUAGAGAGGGAAGUACAAAAAGGGCGAUCACAGCUUGAAGAGCUUAUACUGGGGCUACGGGAAGAGCAUAUAACCAUAGAAAGGAGCAUUGUGCUCUAUAAAGAUUUCCAAGAACGAUUCAAGGGCCAAAUGCAGUGGCUUAGAGAGAUUCGCGCUUUGCUGAGCUCUACUGUAGAAUCCAAAGCAGAACUCUACUGGAGAAAAGCCCAGCUGGCCAAGUACAAGGCUGUGGAGCAGACGCUGCUGUCCCGUGAUUCUGCUGUGAGCUUUGUUCUAGAGAAAGGAAAAACUCUGCUGACACUCCUCAACUCCCCUUCCAUCACAGACAACAUGACCAGACUACAGGCAGACUACCAGGAGCUGUGUGGCUCAGCAAGGACUCAUGUUCUAAGAUUGGAGGGCCAGGUGAAGAAACAGGAAGCUUACCACAAAGAUCUACAGGAAAUAGAGCGUUGGCUACUGCAGAUGUCCAGCAGGAUAAUGACUCCUGACCCAUCAAGUGGUGGCCUAGAAUCUGCCACUCAGCAGCUAGCGAGACAUAAGGCCAUUAUGGAGGAGAUAGCGGGCUUUGAGGAGCGUCUGGCUGCACUGAAGGAGAUGGGAGAGGAGCUUUUGUCCGGCUGCAGUGAGCGCGUCCAGGCUCGCCUUCGCCAGCAAAUUCAGAACCACCAGCAGGGUGCAAGAGACAGCUACUCUGCCAUCUGCAGCACUGCACAGCGUGUGUAUCAGAGUCUGGAUCGGGAAUUGCAGAAGCAUGUAAGUGUGCGGGAUACUUUGCAACAGUGUCAGACAUGGCUUUCAAACGUACAAGAGGAGAUACAGCUUCCUGUGCAGACACCACAUUGCCUUCAGGAGGCACUAACACAGAUUAAGCAGGAUCGAACUCUACAGGAGCAGGCUGGCACCUAUUUGCAGCUGGUGUGCUCUACUUGUGAUCUGUCUGAUAAGAAGGUGCGAGAAAUGGCCGCUGAGAUACAGCAGGUCAAACUUCAGAUCGAGGAGAGGAUGUUGGACUCUCAGGAUCUAGCGGAGAACUGGAGAGAGAUCAAGGACUUGCGAUCUAAUCUUGAGUGUCGUCUCCUCGAGGCUGAACAACUCCUCCAGAGCAUGUUGAGGAGGCCAGCUGAGCUUGAGCCAAAGGUUGCUCAGAACCAGUUGGACCAGGCUCAGGUCUUUAUCCAGGAGAUGCGAGCCAGGCAGGCUGAUCUGACUCAGUUGAGAGAAAGCAUUAAUAGGCUAACGGCUGGUCAGGAGUCCCCCGAGCUUGUGGAAGUUGGGCGUCUGCGCUGUGCCUGGCUGGAUCUGGGCAGACAGGCUGCACAGCUGCUGGAACAGAAAGAGGAGGAUCUACAGAGGAGUGGGGACUAUCAUGACUGCAUUUGUAUGGUGGAGGAGUUGUUUGACCAGCUGUCCAAAAAAUGGGAUCAACUGGCCAGGGGAGACAUUGAGAGCACAGCUGAGUGCCUGGAUGCCUUGAAGAAGUUAUCCACAGACCUUCAGGACCAGAGAUGUGUGUUGGAUGACCUGAGAAAUAAUAGGCAUGGGAUCCUGCCUCGUCUGAGCUUGGAGGACAGAGACCUGGUUAAGGAACAGGUGGGUUACCUGGAGCAACGUUGGACCCAGGUGGAAUCACUUGUCCAACAGAAAAUCCAAGAUUCAGCUCAAACACUGAAAGAAUUGAGUCAAAUCGAGGACCAUUUGCGGGAGGCACAAGAGUGGGCAGAAUUGCAGCAGCCAUCCCUCUCUAAGGUGCUUAAGACCAGUCCCCCACCAGAUUUGGCACAAAGUUUUCUGUUUGAUCACUUGAGCUUUUGUGCAGAACUGGAGGCCAAGCAGAAGCUCCUGGUUGAGGCUAUGACAGAUGCCAACAGCCUUUCCUUUCGUCUAGGUCUUAAUGAGAGUAGGAAACUGCAGACCUUGGUCCAGGAUGCACAUGCAAAAGUAGAAUCACUUGGAACAAAGGCAGCCCAGUAUCGUAAAAGCCUCAGUAAAGUAUUUACAGAACGGUCACAGUUCCUUCAAGCCCUCGACAGGGCAGCAGUAUGGAUUCAAAAGCAAGAGCAGAGGGCUCUUGCAGAUGAUCAUGUUGCACUUUUACCAAUCAUACUGCACAAACAAGUGUCUACUUGUAAGAAUUUUACUAGCAGCCUGAGAGCAUAUCAGGUGGAGCUGACAUCACUUUGGACACAGGGACGAGAAUUAGUGAAGGAUGCAACAGAGGAGGAGAAGAAGGAGACCCUUCAAAAGCUGGAGGAGUUACAAGCAACCUUUGAGGCCUCUUUGCAGAACAGCACAGAGCGUCUGCAGCAUCUGGAGAAAGCGCUAGUCAUUCGAAAGUAUUUUAAAAUGGACCUGGACAGGAUCUGUGAUUGGCUGAAACUGGCAGAGGUGGCCACAUUUCCAAUUAUUGACCUAAGCGGCAAUGAUGAGGACUUUCAGAACCAGUUGACGAAGUACCAGAAGCUUCUGGAUCAUGCUUCUGAGUAUGAGAAUCUUUUACUGAUUGUCCAAAGAGCAGGACAGGAGAUACUGCCCACCUUAAAUGAGGUUGACCACUGCUACCUAGAUGAGAAACUCAAUGGCCUGCCACAACAGUACAAUGACAUGCUGUUGUUAAUCAGAGAGAAACGUGAUGGGAUUCAACAGGUGCUUUUUGAGCGCAGGGAAUUUGAGUCGCUCAUUGAUGUUACACAAAAAGCUUUGGAGGAACUUCAGGAGAAGUGUGAUGCUUUAGAGAAUCAGUCAGCCAAUCAAAGUCUUGAGGAGGGUGAAAGAUUGCAUAGCAAUUAUGAAGAUCUCCUCAAAUGUCUUACAAAUCUGUUUCAGGGAAUAAAAGAGCUUAGGGGUAAGAGUCAGGAUUUCCUUAGCAUGGGCCAGCCAUAUGCACCUGAAGUCAUUGACCAGCUAGUUGAUCUCCAUAGCAGGCUCAAUCAGCAGAUAGAGUAUAAGAUAAAAGAAUUACGUAAACUGUUGAAAAUAUUAGAUGACCACAGAGUAAUUGUUGAAAAGAUGGACUAUAGAAUGACUACAUCUAAGGAGCAGCUCGACAAACUUGACUCAGAGGGGGCAUCAGAUUCCAUGGAGAGAAUAUCUACACUAUACGACCUAUUAAAAAGUCUUGAAGAAGUUAGUUCCUAUCCAGCGGGUCUCAUAGCACAAAUAGAGGACUUCAACCAGCACUUUGACUCAGAGACCCUCAAGACUCAGGUUAUCUUCAGGGAGGAACAACUUCUUAUCUUAAAGCAAAGGGUUAAUGCAUCCUUAGAAGAGUGUGAGAGAGGUUGUAUGGGAAAGAAGGAUUUUCAAAUGGAUAUCAAAGUAACAGUAGAGUGGCUCAAGAAUCUUAGGUAUCGAUUAAGAUGUCCAUUAAUGUUUGAAGGGACAAAAAUUGAGAUUGUGCAGGAGGAGGUCAGGUCACUGUUGGUACUUCAGGAAGAAAUUAAAUCUAGGCUUAGGGUAUUAGAUGCUAUAACUUAUGAAGAAAAACAGAAGUACAUGAACAACCAACAGCCAUUACCCAAGCACUUUGAAACCACUUUGAUGGACAUUCCUAAGCUAAAGACUGAUGUUCAACAAGCUUUCAACACCAAACAGGUGGCCUUGCAAUCAAUUCCUUCUUUGCUUCAGAGAUACCAUCAUUCCUUACAGUCUAUCCAGCAGUGGUUUGAGGAUGCUGGUGCUCUACUUGAGCCAGCCCCCCAUGAGAAACUUUCAGAGUGUCUCGAAGACUUAGAUACAGUGACAGCCCGGAAACAAACUGUUAAGUGUAUGAUGCAGGAAAUGCAGGUUCUAAUCCCUCAAAUGGAAUACUUUUUGACCCCCACUGCAAUGAAGCAAAUCAAGCAAAAUUCUGAGGAGACUUUUCUUAAGGGCACAGAGGUCCUUGAGCAGCUAAAACAUCAUCAAGACAGCUUGAAACGAUGCCUAGCUCAGCGGAGAUCCUUCCAAGAUGAAAUAGAUGAAGUUAUCAGGCAGAUGAGUGAAGUUGAGAAGAAGAUGACAGAGUUCAAAUCUGCCAAAGCAAACACUGUACAAGAGGCUGAAGACAAGCUCUGUUUAUACCAGGGAAUUGUAUCACAGGUUCAGGAUUUUGAAGACACACUGAAUAGACUGAAAGAACAAGCUGCACAUUUUGAUAAGCUUGUCUUAAAUGACACUAUUUCUCAGUCAGUCCAUUCACUGGGCCAUCGGUGGACUCGGCUGUGCAAUGUUACUAGAGCUCAAGUGAAAGCCCUCAAAGACUCUGCACAAAACUGGAGAUGCGCCUGGGGGAAGCUGGAGAAAUUGCGAACUGUGUGUGAGGACCUGCACAGCCGUGUUCCUGACAGCAUGGUGGAAAAAGCCUCCAGCAUGGCAGCUUUACACAGCCUGCUGGAGUACCAUGACUCCUUUAGUCGAGAGGUGGAGAGAGAGAGCAGUGCCCUGACCCUCCACAGACACCAUGUGCUCAGCCUGUUCCUCCAUCCUCACACUGCAACACCCAUCAAGGACAAUCAAGAGACACCCUGUCUGCUUGAGAUUCAGAGCAUUCAGGAGAAAUAUGACAAUCUGUUGCAGCAGGUGUGUGUCAGCAGGCAGCAGGUGCAGGUAGAGCUGCUAGAUAGGGAGGAAGUGGUGAAGGAGCUGGACCUACUGAAAGGCUGGAUCCAGGAUACUCAGGGACUGCUGCGGAGCCCCACUGCAGACCUGGACACUUUGCUCACUGACCUGGAGACAGCUCAUGGAGGCAUGCAGUCUCAUCGGCAGACCCUUGAGCAGAUUUCAGACUGUCAGCAGAUGAAAUACCAGGACAUCCACGCUACCCUUCCUUCUGAGAUCAGCACCCAGCUGGCAGAGGUCACACUGGCACUGGGUUCUGCAGAAGAUCAGGUGCAGGCAAGGGAAAGAGAGGUCCAACACAGCAGAGAUAUUAAAGACGACUUUAACACCAGACUUCAGGAUAUCUCCAAGAAAGUCAAACUCAUCUCUUUGAAGCUCAAACAUAAGGCUGUGGAUGUUGAGGAGGCUAAAGAGGAGACAGAGACUCUGUUUGAGGAGCUGGAGGAGUGUGGUCAUGCUCUGUCUGAGCUGGAUGUGGCAGUGCAGGAGUUUGGUGAGCAGAACCCUCUCCUGGCCAAGCAACUGGGCUCCAGCCUCAGCAAACUGACUGAGCUUUAUGCCCAGACUGGCAGGUUGGCAGAAGGAAGAAAUGCAUGCCUUCAGAAGGCAGAGAAGAACUUUGAAGAAUUCAGUGAAAUGCUGACAUUAACUCUCAGCUGGACAGAAAAAGCAGAGACUGUGGUCUCCACCAACAUCAUUUGGAGUCCAGCCUUUCAGAUGCAGGAGCAAAUCAGAACCCAUCAGGCCUUACUGCAAGAAUGGCAGGACCUACAGGGAGAGUUUGAGGGUCUGGUGGAGAGGGUGGGACUUCUGGGUGAGAUAGUCCAGACAGAUGCUCUGCACCAGCAGGUGGCAGAACUGAGCAGACAUGCUGAAGAACUGCAGCAGAAAGCCAAAACAAGACUACUGUGCUUACAGGACGCAGCCAAGGAUUUAGGGAGACUGGAGUGCGAUGUGAAGAGCCUCCAUCAGUCUAUAGAGAGAGUUCAGGAGACUCUGGCCUCUCCUGAUCUGGCUCGCCUCAGCCUCAGGGAACAGCUGUCUCAGAGACAGCUCCUGUUGUCAGAGAUGGAGGGUCUCAAGCAGCAGGUGCAAGUGAUGCAGAUGUGUCAGAGUGCCCUACGGCUGCCAGAGGAGGUCAUGGCAACGUUGCCACUCUGUGUUACUGCACAGAGUUUGCAGCAAGAAUGCAGCCAUCUCCAACAUAACACCAUUCAACAGUGCAACAUACUACAGGAGGCCUUGGUGCAGUAUGAGCAAUAUAAACAGGAAGUGAAGAACCUACAGAGACUUAUUGAAGAGGCACACCGUGUCAUUCAGGACCGCCCUGUUGCCACAGGAAACAUACAGGAGCUUCAAACACAGAUUCAACAUCAUGAGGAACUGGCUCUGAAGAUAAAAGGCUACCAGGAGCAGAUCUCGGCCCUGAACUCUAAGUGUAAGAUGUUGACUUUGAAGGCAAAGCAUGCUACGAUGCUACUGGUGGUCAGCGAGGUUGACGGCCUCUCCGACGGACUGGAGGAGCUGGAAGAUGAAGAGGAGGAGAUGCCCAAACACCCACCAACACACCCCUCUGUUGUCAUGAUGACAGCCGGUCGUUGUCAUACUCUCCUCUCCCCAGUCACAGAGGAGUCCGGUGAGGAGGGCACCAACAGUGAGGUCUCUUCUCCCCCCACCUGCAGAUCCCCCUCACCCGGGCCUAACACUGACACCUCUCAGGGUUCAGGACGAGCUCCUCUGAGCAGAGCUCCACUACAGGAGCUGUAUGACCCAGCCAUGGAGUCAGCUGCCUCAUCAAACCUGGAUGACCUACAGCGCUCUUGGGAGACUUUAAAGAAUGUGAUCAGUGAGAAGCAGAAGAGUCUUUAUGAAGCUCUAGAGAGACAGCAGCACUAUCAGGAGACCCUGCAAUCUGUUUCCACAAAGAUGGAGUCCAUUGAGACGGCACUAAAUGAGGGCUUAGAGCCAGGCAAGAGCCCUGAGAGCCAGAUGGCUGCCCACCAGGCUCUGAUGGAUGAGAUCCUAAUGCUCCAGGAUGAAAUCAGUGCACUACAGGCCUGCUUUUCCCGGGAGCUGCAGUUGGAUGAGGACAGUUUGGAGGCAGAUGCUGGUGACCAGCUGGCCCUGCAGUCAACCCUCACUGUACUGGGAGAGCGCAUGGCCACCAUCCACAUGAAGGCCUCUGGCAAGCGCCAACUUUUGGAGGAGCGAUUAAAUGAGCAGUUGGAGGAACAGAGGCAGGAGCAAGCGCUACAGCGUUACCAUAGUGAAGCAGAAGAGCUUGACCACUGGCUGCUGAGCACACGUGCCACACUGAGCUCCACUCUACAGCCACACCCACAGGACAUGGACAUGGAGGAACAGCUCAUUGACUGCCAAAACAUGUUACUGGAGAUCGAGCAGAAGGUGCUGUGUCUGUCUGAGCUGUCAGUGCACAGUGAGAGUUUACUGAUGGAGGGGAAGGCAGGUACACGGGGUGACGCUGAGCAGCUCUCCGUCAAACUAAACAGCCUCAAAUCCAGCCUGCUGGAGCUACAGCGCAUCCUCCAAGACAAACAGACCCACAUCCAGGGGUCCCUUCAGGAACAGGAGGACAUUGAAUCAGACUCGUCUCCAUCUCAGAGCCCCAAUAUGAUGGAUUGGCUGAGUCAAGUGAGAUCCACACGUAGCCAGCAGCAUCAAGACACAGUGCAAAGACAGAGGGAAUUAGAGGAGAAGCUUGGUGAACAGAAGAAGUUACUGCAGUCUGUAGCAUGUAGAGGAGAGGAGAUUCUCUCACAGAAAACAACAUCUGAUGGAGAGAGUUCUCCUGCAGAACAGGAUGAUGGUCAUUGGCCUGAGAGCAUGAGUGCAAAUGAUCAGAUGAGAGUCAGAUGGGAAAACCUGAGCAAAGACCUUACAAACAAACUGCAGCUGUCACUAAACACAAUUGAGCAGAUGCCAUGUAACAUGGUAUACCAGCCUGCGUCCAGCCCAUGUGGAAUUUUCAGAGGGGAGCAACUGACUCAGGAAAUCCUGUCACCCAGAGCUCUGUUUGAAGGCUUCAGCCAAGAUCUAGAGGAUUUGUCUCAGACAGGGGGUGCUGAGAGUAAGCGUGCUCAUGCUCUUGAAAGGACACUCUAUAAGGCUGUGUCAUCAGCUUCCUCUUGGCUCGACAAUGCUGAGAAUGAGCUUGUAUCUGGCCCAGUGCUACUAUCGGAUGACUCAGAGACUCACUUGGGCCACCUAGAGGGUCUGAGUAAGGAGGUAAAGAAUGUCAGUGAGGAGGUAUGUAGGUGUCGGGAGGUGUUAGGAGGAACAGAGCGGCUUUGGGAUGAAGGUGGAGGGAGUGUUUUGGUUGAGGAGGUGUUAGAUGGUUUGGAGGGGAGACUGAAGCUGCUGGACUCAGUGCUGGAGCAGCAAUGUGAUGGUAUGAAAGACAAGCUGCAGGAACUCUCUUUUUUCCAGACUGAGUUGAGGCUGUUGCUUACUGCUCUCAGUGACUCAAAGUACCAGCUGUUGCAGAAAAUGAAUGCAGCUUUGGAUUGCCCUGCCUCUAAACAGAUUGAGAUUCUAGCAGAAGCGGAAGACAGCCUAAAGGAAUUUGAACUGAAAGUUUCUGAGAUAAGGAGCAGAGGAGAUACACUACAGCCCAAUCAGCUGUGCACUCAAGAGCUGCUGAAACUACAGGAUGCUUAUGAAGAACUGGUGGAGAUGGUGGGAUCCAAAAGAAGUGGGCUGAACCAGACGUUGGUUGUGAAGGCUCAAUACGAGAGAGCUCUGCAGGACCUGAUAGAUGUGGUAGACACAGCCCAGGACAAAAUGGCUGCUGAUCAGAAGAUGAAAGUGGGCUCUGUGAUUGAAGUUCAGAUCCUCCUAGACAAACACAAGGAGUUUUUCCAGGGGCUGGAGACGCAUGUCAUGAUGACACAGGCCUUCUUUAGACAAGUCAGUGGGUUGGUGGUGCAGAGGGAGCUCCAGAACCUGGAAGAAACUGUAGCCCAGGCCCAGGCUGUACUUAAACAGGCCCACAAACGAGGAGUGGAGCUGGAGGGAAUCCUGGAGUGGUGGAGCAGGUUGGUUGGUGAUUAUCAGGCCCUGUAUAGGCAGCUAGAGGCAGUGGAAAAUAGUAUCCCAAGUGUGGGUCUGGUGGAGGAGACAGAAGACAGACUGAGUGAGAGAAUCACUCUCUAUCAGCGUCUGAAGAUCAGUCUCUCUGAGCGGCAGCAGCAGUUGUAUAAGUUGUUGGAGGAUGGGAAGAGACUGCUUUUGCAUGUGUCCUGCUCAGAGCUGGAGACUCAGCUCACUCAGCUUGGAGACCACUGGCUCAGCACCACCACCAAGAUCAAUAAAGAGCUAUACCGUCUGGACUCCACCCUCAAACACUGGAUCAGGUACCAGAGCGAGUCAGCUGAGCUUAGCCAAUGGCUGGGUUCUGCACUUAGCCAUCUGGAGUUCUGGAGCACUCAGUCUGUUACUGUCCCUCAAGAACUAGAGACUGUCAGAGACCAUCUUCAUGCUUUCCUGGAGUUCUCUAAAGAGGUGGACGCCAAGUCGUCUUUGCGCUCUUCAGUUCAGAGCCAAGGAAACCAGCUACUUCGGUUGAAGAAAGUGGACACCGCAGCACUCAGGGCAAACUUGGCCCAGGUGGACACAAAAUGGGCUGAUCUUCUAACACGUAUUCCUGUGGUCCAGGAGAAACUCCACCAGCUGCAGAUGGAGAAGCUUCCAUCCCGUCAUGCAAUAACUGAGCUAAUGAGCUGGAUAUCCCUGAUGGAGAAUAUCAUCCAGGAAGACAAACAGAAAAUAAUGGGGGCAGUGGGAUCAGAGGUUGUGCAAACGUAUCUUCAGAAAUACAAGGGUUUUCGGAUUGACCUGUCCUGUAAGCAGCUGACAGUGGACUUUGUAAAUCAGUCGGUUCUGCAAAUUAGUAGUCAGGACGUGGAGGGGAAACGCAGUGACAAAACAGACUUUGCUGAACGUCUUGGGGCCGUGAAUCGACGCUGGCAGAUACUGCAGGGUCUAAUUACAGAGAAGAUUCAGGUUUUAGAGAGUCUGCUUGAAAACUGGUUGGAGUAUGAGAACGUGGUCCAGACCUUGAAGACCUGGUUCAGUGUACAGGAGGAGAAACUGAAAAAGAAACACAGGAUCGAGGAUGUUUCCUCAGCCCAGAAUGCACUUAAAGACUGUCAGGAAAUGGAAGUGUUGAUAAAGGAGAAAGAGAAGGAUCUCGAGAAAGUUGAGGAGAAAGGAUGCUUACUUAUCGAGGACAAGAAAGGAGAAGCUGGCUCUGUCAUUGUGGAGACUUUUAAAGGCCUCAACCAGUCUUGGGCCAAUCUGGAUCACGUGAUCAGGCAGCAGACUGUAAGUCUUCAGGCAGUACUGGAGCAGUGGAAUCUGUAUAAACAAGCGUAUGAGGAGAUUCAGGGCUACCUGAUGGAGGGACAUUACACCAUAUCUCACCUGCGCCUCCUCACCGGCUCCCCAGAGGCUGUCCAGGUUCAAGUGGAGAAUCUUGAGAGUUUACAAGAUGAGCUAGAGAAACAGGAGAGCAGUAUACGGAAAUUUGGCUCCAUAACUCUAGAGCUGCUGAAAGACUGCCAUCCCUCAGUGACCGAUUCACUCAACACAGCACUUGCCGAUGUCAAUCUCAGGUGGAGCACACUGUUGGAGCAGAUCUCAGAUCAGAUGAGGAGCAGUAAAGGCCUGCUGCAGCUGUGGCAGCAUUAUAAAGCACUUCAUUAUCAGAGCAGCACAGACAUCCAGAAACUAGAGGAACGAGUGGAACAUUUACUCAAGAGCGCUACCCACAGGGACAUCACAGAACAGGAGUUAAAGGUCUGGAUUCAGGAAUGCAUGGAUCUUAUGGAGGCUGAGGGAUCCGUAAAGUCUGUCCUGCAGCAGCUGUAUGAGUUUGCAGAGCAGCUGAGGCAGCAAGUGGACCCCUCUGCCAUGACAACCUUUCAUACAGACCACCUGUCACUCGCUCAGCGCUUAGCAACAUUUGGGCAUGCCCUCCAAAGACAGCAGUCUCUGCUAGAGGUGGGUUUGAGGGACUAUGAGAGGUUUAGUAAGGAGUUAUGUUCUCUGAGCCACUGGUCAGAAGAAGCGGAGAAGGUUCUGAAAGAACCAGACCCAAUUGGAUCCCCAGAAAUUUCAUCUGUGCAGGAGCACAUGGAAAAACUUAAGACCCAAAUGUUGAAGCUGAGCAGUCUUUCUCCUGAUCUGGAACGUUUGAAUGAGUUGGGUUAUCAGCUUCCCCUCAGUGACAAUGAAAUCAAGAGUCUACAGAACCUAAACAGGAGUUGGUCUUGUAACUCUGCUCGCACAAUAGAGAGAUUCAGUAAACUGCAAGCUCUGGAAUUGCAAAGACAGACCUUCUUGGAGAAGUGUGAUGCUUGGUUAACAUUCCUCAACCAAACGGAGGAAAAGCUGGCUGCUGAGAUCUCUGGGAACUACCAGAACCUGUUAGAGCAGCAGAGAGAACAAGAGUUGUUCCAGGCAGAGAUGUUUAGUAGACAACAGAUUCUGUACUCUAUCAUCAACGAUGGACAUCAGCUACUAAACCAGGGACAAGUAGAAGACAGGGAUGACUUUGGCCAAAAACUGGCAUUGCUUAGUAACCAGUGGCAAGGUGUAGUGAGGCGGGCCCAACAGAGACGGGGAAUUAUUGACAGUCUUGUUCGUCAAUGGCAGCGCUACACAGAGCUGAUAGAGAAGUUGCGCCACUGGCUGCAAGAAGUUUUACUAGAACCGGAGGACCAACAGCAGGGGACAACAGUAGCACUACAGCAGAUCCGUGGAAUGUUAGACCACAUAGAGCUGAAGGAACGUGUGCUUCAGCGGCAACAGGGCAGCUACAUCCUCACAGUGGAGGCCGGGAGACAGCUGCUCCUGUGGGCAGAUGCCAGGGCAGAGGCCUCGCUUCAUACUGAGCUUACUGACAUGCAGGAACACUGGAGGACCGCUAGCAUCCGUCUUGACGAGAGGAAGAAAGAACUGCUUUCUUUGUUAAGGAACUGGGACCAGUGUGAGAAAGGAAUUGCUGCAUCACACGAGAAGCUGAGGGACUUUAAGCAAAAGGUCUCUGUGCCUUUACCCGACCACCAUGAGGAGCUGCAUACAGAACAGAUCCGAUGCAAGGAAUUAGAGGGCAGUAUUGAAGGCUGGGCUGAUGAUGUUGCCAGGCUGUGUUUACUGAGAGAGUCUCUCUCUUGUGACCUCACUGCUGAUGACCUUACAGUCCUACAGGAGAGACUCACAUUACUGCAGAGACAGUGGGAGGAAACCUGUCACCAGCUGUCCCUGCGCAGACAGCAGGUGAGUGAGAGGCUGAACGAGUGGGCUGUGUUCAAUGAGAAGAACAAAGAGCUGUGUGAGUGGCUCACCCACAUGGAGAGCAAGGUGUCACAGAACGGAUACAUCAGCAUUGAGGAGAUGAUCGAGAAACUCAAGAAGGACUAUCAGGAAGAGAUCUUGGUGGCUAAGGAGAACAAAGAUCAGCUGGAACAAAUGGGGGAGAGACUGGCUCAGGCCAGCCAUGAAAGCAAGGCUGCAGAAAUUCAAUACAAACUCUGCAAAGUCAAUGAGCGCUGGCAGCAUCUGCUCGACCUUAUAGCAGCUAGGGUAAAGAAGCUGCGGGAGACACUGGUGGCUGUGCAGCAGCUGGAUAAGAACAUGAGCAGUCUGCGCUCCUGGCUGGCUCAAAUUGAGACUGAGCUCUCACGACCCAUUGUCUAUGAGACCUCUGACUCGCACGAGAUCCAAAGAAAACUAAACCAGCAGCAGGAUCUGCAGAGGGACAUCGAGAAGCACAGCACAGGUGUGGCAUCAGUGCUGAACCUUUGUGAGGUGUUGCUACAUGACUGUGAUGCCUGUGCCACUGAGACAGAGUGUGAAUCCAUCCAACAGGCCACACGCGGCCUGGACCGCCGCUGGAGAAACAUCUGUGCCGUCGCCAUGGAGAGGAGGCUAAAAAUUGAGGAGACUUGGAGACUCUGGCAGAAGUUUCUGGAUGAUUACUCUCGUUUCGAGGAGUGGCUCAAAGUCUCAGAGAGGACAGCAGCUCUGCCCAACUCCUCAGGAGUGCUGUACACCAUUGCUAAAGAGGAACUUAAGAUGUUUGAGGCAUUUCAAAGACAGGUGCAGGAGUGUCUGACACAGCUGGAGCUGAUCAAUAAGCAGUAUCGACGGCUAGCCCGUGAGAACCGCACAGACUCAUCCUGCCGCCUACGCCAAAUGGUGCAUGAUGGAAACCGACGGUGGGACAUACUACAGAGGAGAGUUGCUGCCAUCUUGCGUAGGCUUAAGCAUUUCAUUGGUCAGCGAGAAGAGUUUGAGACAGCCAGAGAUGGUAUUCUGGUGUGGCUGACUGAGAUGGACCUGCAGCUCACCAACAUCGAGCAUUUCUCAGAGUGUGACGUUCAGGCUAAGAUCAAACAACUAAAGGCGUUCCAGCAGGAGAUCAGUCUGAACAUGGGGAAGAUGGAGAGUGUGUUUGGGCAGGGGGAGGUGCUGAUGGAGAAGAGUGAGCCUCUGGAUGCUGCUCUCAUAGAGGAGGAGCUGGAGGAGCUGCAGAGAUACUGUAGAGAGGUGUUUGGCCGGGUGGAGCGCUAUUACAGGAAACUCACACGCUUGCCGCUGGCCGAUGAUGAGUGUGAAGGCUCAGAUCAUGAAUUUGAGACUAGUGACCUCUCAGACCUUCAGUGGGGUGAGGAUGGUUCCAUGCCCCGGUCAUCGAGCAGACCACCCUCAGGUACCACAGCUUCUGCUCGCACAAACGGCUCUGGCCGCAACACCCCUGCUAGCGUUGACUCUAUCCCACUGGAAUGGGACCAUGACUAUGACCUUGACCCCAUGGGCCAUACCAUGUCUGUGGAGCAGGGGGAACAAAACAAAGAUGAGGAUGAAGAGUUACUGUGCAUCGCUACGGCAGCACUUACAGACGUAGUGAUUCCUGAGAGCCCUGAGGCUUAUAUAAAACUAACAGAAAACACAUUGAGGUCCUCCUCUGAUGAAGCAGUUCGGUUAUUAGAUAAUAUGAUGGACACUGGCCGUUACAGUCUACAGCAGACAGAUGGUGCUAUGAGUUGCCAUGAUACCUCUUACAUGGGCUAUAUGCGGUUAAUGGAUGACUGUCAUGGCAGCCUGAAAGCAGUGAAGAAGGCUGAGGGAGAGCUGGAGGAGGAAGAGGACAACCUGUCAGGACUCAGCAACCCUGACAACACAGAGACACAGAGCACAGGUGUGAUUGAGCGCUGGGAGCUGAUUCAGGCCCAGUCUGCUGAUGCACAUCAUAGACAGAGAGAAGACCUGGCACUGUGGCAACAGCUGACCUCUGACCUGGUCAUCAUGGAUGCAUGGCUCAGCCAGGCUGAGGCAGAUUUAGCAGAAUUGAGAGGGAGAGAUCUCAGUACAGAUAUAAAUACUAUUAAGCAGAGAAUCAGAAAACUGAAGGAGCUACAGAAGGCCAUGGAUUUCCACAAGUCCAAAGUACUGUCCAUCAACUUAAGUAGCGUUGCACUCCUUCAGUCAGAUUCAGAGGAGCGCCAAGAGCUGAAAGCAAGACUCAAAGAGAUGAACUCAUGCUGGGAUCGACUGGGAAAGUCACUUAAGGAGUGGAGAACAGUUCUCCAGGAUGCUCUUAUGCAGUGCCAGGAGUUCCAUGAGUUGAGUCAUGGUCUUCUGCUCUGGCUGGAGAACAUUGACCGCAGGAGGAAUGAGAUUGUCCCCAUUGCAUCAGGGCUAGAUCGACAUACACUACGAGCUCAUUAUAGAGCACUAAAGCAAAUCCAUCGGGAGCUGAUAGAGACUGAGCAGAGGGUGGACUGCCUGCAGGAGCUCUCAUUUCAGCUGCUUGUGCAGGCUCAUGGAAGCGAGUGUCUGGAGGCCCAGGAGAGGGUGCAUGUCAUUGGGAACCGCCUCCGUCUGCUCCUGAAGGCUGUGAGCGCGGACCUGGAGUUGCUAGAAAAAGAGCUUCAGGCUUCUGGGGACACACAGGAUGCAUCCCUCUGGUCUGUUAUGGACAACACAGAUACUUCUGGAUCAGUCAGUCCUGUUUCAGGGGUCAGCAUUUGCACUAAGCAACAAUCGCUACGAGGCAAAUGUAGUGUGUCAGAACCAGGAUCCUCAGCCAGACUUCCACGCCGCAGGUUGCCCAGCGGUUCUGGCUGCGCUUUGUCUCACUCUGGUUCCUCCGGAUCACAAGGUGGCGCUGCUGUGGCUCGCUGCCAACCCUUUCUGCUGCGAGUGCUCCGGGCAGCUCUGCCACUGCAGCUCCUACUGCUGCUCAUAGUGGGCCUAACCUGUCUGGUGCCAAUGACUGAAGAAGAUUACAGUUGUGCUCAUGCAAACAAUUUUGCCCGAUCCUUCCAUCCCAUGCUCCGCUACACCAAUGGCCCACCACCUGUAUGAGCAGGAUGAGACUUUACCAAUGCCUUUUUUAUUUUGAAUAUUAUAUUUAAAGUUACUGCAGGGCAUAGCAGGACACAGAAUGGACUUGUGUGACAGCCACAAGCUCCUGUUUCUGUACAGUUCAAGACUGCUGCUAAUUUCAUUUUUUAACUAAAUGGUGUACAACUAUUGAAAUCAUUGCAAUGUAGACUAGUGUUGGACUUCUGUACUAUGGGACAAAAAUACAAAAGUACAGCAAAACUGGUGAACCUUUAAUGUCCCAAGGAAACAGAAGGAAAAACUAAAGUGUGAAUUAUGUACUUGAUAGCACUGACAUAAUAAAGGUACUGCACUUAUACCGUCCAAGACAAUGGCCAAAAUUACUUGCUUAAGCAAAGUAUUUUAAUUUAUUUAUUUGUAUUAUUUAAGAUUAAAACUGUAGAAAAAAAGUUAUUGUCAGUUAUUUUUAUUUUUUUCGCAUGGAGUUCACAAUAUUUUUUUCCUGAAAUGCAACACAAUCACUGAUAGGUUUAGUACUAUGAGAUAUGUGUGCUUUUUACUGAUUAUAUACAUAAUUAGAUACCUUAAUUUGUGUUAUGACAAUGUGACAAAAAAGAAUUAUGAUGAAUAUGUCUAAUGCCUAUUUAUUUAUGUACAGUUUGCUAAUGCUGACAAUAAAAAUAUACAUCUUUUCAUUGAAUAAAUAUGUAUCUAAAUUUC